UCAUCUCCUCCUCCUUUGCUCCCUCUCAGUCCUGAUUACCUCCAUCACCACUCAACGCCACCCGCUUCCUCUCCCUCUUCCUCUCUGUGAUGGUGAUGAAGAUGAUGUGACGCCGGAGAGGACCAAUCGUCGGGGAAGAGGGGUGUGGUCAGAGAAAGGGCUCGGAGCUGAUCGAUGCUCGGAGGACUGAGGAGGAAGAAGAGAUGACAGGGAGGUAGAGGAGGGUGGGGGAGGCCUUGUCCGAGCCGAGGAGCGCCGACGGUGGAUUAAUAAAGGAGGAGGAGGAGGCAGGAGGAAGCUGUCGCUAAUCGAAGGAGGAUCCACCUGUGCUGUCAUGGACAAAUACCGACCAAAGAGACCAACCAGCCUGAAUCUGUUCCCACAGCUCCCACAAGCCGGCACCCAGGACUCCAUCAACAACAACUCUUUGGGGAAAAAGGACAGCUGGAAGGACUCCCACUCUUCCUCUCCACACAUCACAGGAGAUCCAGCGCCCCACGAUGUUCAGCCAAAAUCAGAGGACAAAGUCCGGCCCACGGCUCAGCGCCGUCCGGCACCAAAGCCGCCGGCAGCUGGCGGGUCCAAUGGCAGAACCAACGUUCAGGCCGCCGCCUCGGUUGCAGAAGCACGCGUCCGACCACGGGAAAGGCAGACGUCUGCGGCCACGCAGCCCUGCAGCACUCCCAGGGGUCAGCGGAGAGGGGGGGGAGGUGGGAGAGGGGGUGGGAGAGGAGCAAUGAGGGAGAAAAACCUGGCAGAGCUCAGGGGGAACGGGACAGACAGGAGAGGGGGACGGCUGUGUGAGGACAGGGCAAAGGACAAAGACAGGAACGGACACCAGAAGCAGAGAGAAGUAAACGGGCCGAGGGGCCGAGCAGCUGAGGGGAGAGGAAGAGGAGGCGUGAAGGCGAGCAGCCGAGGAGGAGGAACGGGCUUGAAACCUAACAACAAGCUGGGCAACCAGGAGGUCUACCUGCCUGCCAUGGUGGUCCCACGAACACCUGUAGCAGCGAGAAGCCAGGAGAAGAGCCAGAACCAAGGCCAAAACCAUGACAGAACCCAGGAGAACCCCCCCGCUGCGCUGUCCCGGUCCAGCAGCGAGGGCGGGUCCAACAGGAUGUCGCUGAGCUCAGAUACAGAGGGGCCCCCUCCGGGACCUCUGCAUCCCUCUCUAACCCGCAGAACCAACCCAGACAUCCGUGAAGAAGACGGCGAAGGAGAUCCGACUCCCAGUGCGCCGGUCCAGAACCGCCCCAGCUGCACCCCGAAGGCCACGGACAAACCGGAGGAGGGCUCUCCCACCGUGGAGGCAGGCACAGGGAGGGACAAAGCUGACAACAGGGUGGACAAUGAGCCGACCAAACCAAAGAGGGAGGCUGCAGCCGGGCUGGAUUAUGACCAGGUUAAAUACACCCUGGUGGUGGACGAGCACGCCCAGCUGGAGUUGGUCAAGCUGAAGGACUGCCUGCACGGACACACUGAGCACAACGAGGACAGCGACGCAGAGACAGUCUACCAGUCAGCCAAUGAGGAGGAAGACCCCGAGUAUGAGGAGGAGAGGAGGAAGAGUGAGGAAGCAAGAAAGCUAGAGAAGAGAAAAGAGGAGGAGAAACAAAGAAAAGAGGAAGAGAAGAGAAGAAAAGAAGAGGAGGAGGCAAAGAAAAGGAAGGAGGAGGAUUUAAAGAGGAGGAGGGAAGAGGAGGUGAAGAGAAGGAGGGAAGUAGUUGCAGUUGCGAGGGUCUGCAAGCAAUCCAAGGUAUCGUCUGCCACAUCCGGGGAAGAAGACGAGUCUAACGGAGGAAGAGGUCCCAGAAGCAGGAAGUUCCUCAACCUGUUCUCCACCAACAACAGCAGCCCAUACAGCUCCACAGGUGCUGGCCCGUUUGGCGUGUUCUCCUGUGUUCUGGACGGCGUGGAGAGGCAGCAGAGCCACCGUGCUGCAUACAGGUUUGUCCCCCGCCAUGCGGACGAGCUGCAGCUGGAGACGGACGACCCGGUGCUGAUGCUGAAGCAGAGCGAGGAUCUGUGGUGUCAGGGCUACAACAUGAGGACCGGGGCCACCGGCAUCUUCCCGGCCUUCUACGCCGUCAGGCUGCCCAAAGACGGCAGCCACGUCCGGAACGACGGCUGGACGGAGCCGUUUGUUGUGCGGUUUCUGGGUUCGGUUCAGGUCCCUGUCCACAUGGGCAAUGAUGUCUUAUGUGCAGCGAUGCAGAAGGUGGCGUGUAACAGGCGGUCAGCCGGUCAGCCGCCGUCGGCCUGUGUGCUGGAGGUCAGCGUGAAGGGCGUGAAGAUGAUCGUUCAGGACCAGUGCCACUCUGCUCAUCGGGGAGACCAGUGUUUCCAUUUCUUCCAUCUGAAGAACAUCUCGUUCUGUGGCUGCCAUCCUAAGCACAGCAGGUACUUUGGAUUCAUCACAAAACAUCCCGACCAGCAGCGCUUCGCCUGCCACGUGUUGAUGUCAGACGCCACCUUACAUCCUCUGGCAGAGUCUGUUCGGAGGGCGUUCCAGCAGUACUACAAGGAGCACAUCGGAUACUCCUGUCCCACUGAGGACAUCUUCAUCGAAUGAAUCCUCCUCCUCUUCCUCCUCCUCCUCCUCCUCUG